CUCCAGAACCCCGCCAAUUCCCCCUUGUCAUUCAAAAACACUAGAACCUCCUAGAAACCCUUCCUCCCCUUUCUUAUAUAAAUAACCACCUCCUUCAUUUUCUUCACUCAGAUCAAAUUAAUUUCUGCAUCCACAAAACUAUUCGAAAAUCUCUCUCUCUCUCCUCUUUCUCUCUCUAAUAACCGUCGUUAGCAGAUCUUCUUAAUUGUUUUCCAAUUCGAUGGCGGAAGUUCAGAUGGCCGACGUGGAGACGUUCGCUUUCCAGGCGGAGAUCAACCAGCUUCUGAGUUUGAUCAUCAACACAUUCUACAGCAACAAGGAGAUCUUCCUCCGCGAGCUGAUCAGCAAUUCGUCCGAUGCCUUGGAUAAGAUCAGAUUCGAGAGCCUGACCGAUAAGAGCAAGCUCGAUGCUCAACCGGAGCUGUUUAUCCGACUUGUUCCGGACAAGGUUAAUAAGACGCUCUCCAUUAUCGACAGUGGUAUCGGCAUGACUAAAGCAGAUCUGGUGAACAACUUGGGCACAAUUGCAAGGUCUGGCACAAAAGAAUUUAUGGAGGCAUUGCAGGCAGGUGCUGAUGUCAGCAUGAUUGGGCAAUUCGGUGUCGGUUUCUACUCUGCAUAUCUUGUUGCGGAGAAAGUAAUCGUCACCACAAAGCACAACGAUGAUGAACAGUACAUUUGGGAAUCACAAGCUGGCGGUUCCUUCACCGUCACAAGAGAUGAUGAUGGUGAGCAGCUUGGCAGAGGAACCAAAAUCACCCUCUUCCUAAAGGAGGAUCAGCUGGAGUACCUCGAGGAGAGGAGAAUUAAAGAUCUUGUGAAGAAGCACUCCGAGUUCAUCAGUUACCCGAUUUACCUCUGGACUGAGAAGACAACCGAGAAAGAGAUCAGCGACGAUGAAGAAGAAGUUGAUUCGAAGAAGGAAGAAGGUGAUGUUGAGGAAAUUGACGAGGAAAAGGAGAAAGACACAGGCAAGAAAAAGAAGAUCAAGGAAGUUUCCCACGAGUGGGAUCUAAUCAACAAGCAGAAGCCGAUUUGGCUUCGCAAGCCAGAAGAAAUCACGAAAGACGAGUACGCCUCUUUCUACAAGAGCUUGACCAACGAUUGGGAGGACCACCUAGCGGUCAAACACUUCUCCGUUGAGGGUCAGCUCGAAUUCAAGGCUAUCCUCUUCGCACCAAAGCGGGCCCCGUUCGACCUCUUCGACACCCGCAAGAAGAUGAACAACAUCAAACUCUAUGUAAGGAGAGUGUUCAUCAUGGACAACUGCGAGGAGCUGAUUCCAGAGUACCUCAGUUUCAUUAAAGGUGUAGUUGACUCUGAUGACCUGCCUCUCAACAUCUCCCGCGAGACUUUGCAGCAGAACAAAAUCCUCAAAGUUAUUCGGAAAAACAUUGUGAAGAAGUGCAUUGAAAUGUUCAAUGAGAUCGCGGAGAACAAAGACGACUACACAAAAUUCUACGAAGCUUUCUCAAAGAACCUGAAGUUGGGCAUACAUGAAGACAGUCAGAACAGAGCUAAGCUGGCUGAUUUGCUGAGAUACUACUCGACCAAGAGCGGUGAUGAAAUGACAAGCUUGAAAGACUAUGUGACAAGGAUGAAGGAAGGACAGAAGGAUAUUUACUACAUAACCGGUGAAAGCAAGAAAGCCGUAGAAAAUUCGCCUUUCUUGGAAAAACUUAAAAAGAAGGGUUACGAAGUGGUCUACAUGGUUGAUGCAAUAGACGAGUAUGCCGUCGGGCAACUGAAAGAGUACGAUGGUAAAAAAUUGGUUUCGGCUACUAAGGAAGGACUGAAACUCGAAGAUGAAACCGAGGAAGAAAAGAAGAAAAGGGAGGAGAAAAAGAAGUCGUUCGAGAGCCUAUGCAAGGUGAUUAAAGACAUACUUGGCGACAAAAUCGAGAAGGUUGUUGUCUCGGACAGGAUUGUGGAUUCGCCUUGCUGUCUAGUGACAGGGGAGUACGGCUGGACGGCGAAUAUGGAGAGGAUCAUGAAGGCGCAGGCCUUGAGGGACAGCAGCAUGGGAUCGUAUAUGUCGAGCAAGAAGACUAUGGAGAUAAAUCCGGAUAAUGGGAUAAUGGAGGAGCUUAGGAAGAGAGCUGAGGCGGAUAAGAACGAUAAGUCGGUUAAGGAUCUGGUGAUGCUGCUCUUCGAGACUGCGAUGUUGACUUCCGGGUUUAGUUUGGACGAACCGAAUACUUUUGCUGCGAGGAUUCAUAGGAUGCUGAAGCUGGGUUUGAGCAUUGAUGAAGAUGAUGCCGAUGGUGGUGAGGAUGCUGAUGUGGCCAAUCUGGAGGAGGAUGCGGUUAACGAGGAAAGCAAAAUGGAGGAGGUUGAUUGAUUGAAUAAUGGUUCGGCUUGGAAGAGAUUUGUAGUGGUGUUUUCUUUUUCUUUUUUCCUUGUAGUUUUCAUUUUUGAGUCUGGUUGUUGAGUCAUGAGUGAACCUUUGAUAAGUGUCCGGUAUAAAAAAAUGUUGUUGUUUCUGCAAAGUAUAACGCAAGUAUUGUUUUUUUGUUUAGAUAA